CAAAGAUUAAGCAAUGUGUGGAAGCAAGUGCAGUGAAGCAGCAUUCUUCAGUUUGGAGGUAGAGAAGAAGAAUGUUGAUUCAUCAUCUUCGUCCUUUUUCAACUGCUUCUCUGUCUCCUCGUUCUCUCACCAUUUCCACUGCUCUCUCUUCUUCUUCGACGAAGCAACAACACAAGCUUUGGUCUGGUCUCGAAAACUGGAGAAAGAGUCCUGUCAACGACCUCCGUCUCUGGGGUCCUACUGGUCCUCUCCUUCCUUCUUCUUCUGACUCCAUCUCCGCCGACUUCUACGGUCUCGUCUCAGCUGCAUCUUCUCUCGCUGAUCUCGGAGCACUCGUUCUCUCAACCUCCGAUCCUCUCUCCAAAUCUCAUAUCUCCCAUUUAGCUUUCUCUCGUUGGCGCCGUGAGAAUCUCCCUGUUGGCUCAAUCUCUCAUCUUCCUUCUUCUCCAGCUCGUCCUCCCAAACCUCUCCUCGUUGCGACCAACCAAGUCCCAAAUCCGAAAGACUCAAACCUUCCUCUCAAUGCUCAUAUGCUUCAUAAUCUAGCUCAUGUUGAGCUUAAUGCUAUUGAUUUGGCUUGGGAUACUGUUGCUCGUUUCUCUCCUUUCUUCGACCUUUUGGGUCACAACUUCUUUGAUGACUUUGCUCAUGUUGCUGAUGAUGAGAGUCGCCAUUUCUUGUGGUGUUCCCAGAGACUCGCUGAGCUUGGUUUCAAGUAUGGAGAUAUACCGGCUAAUAAUUUGCUCAUGAGGGAAUGCGAGAAAACUUCCAACAAUGUCGCUGCUCGCUUGGCUUGUAUCCCUCUUGUUCAGGAGGCUAGAGGACUUGAUGCUGGACCUAGGUUGGUCAAACGGCUGACAGGAUUUGGAGAUAACAGGACUUCGAAAAUCGUGGCGAAGAUCGCUGAGGAGGAAGUUGCACAUGUAGCUGUUGGUGUAGACUGGUUUCUCUCUGUGUGUCAAAAGAUGAACCGUGCUCCUUCCCCUACAUUUAAAGAUCUGAUCAAAGAGUAUGGUGUCGAGUUAAGGGGCCCUUUCAACCACUCAGCUCGGGAGGUAGCUGGCAUUCCGCGAGAUUGGUAUGAUCCAUCAUGUGGCACGGAAGUGGAUAAAGGCGAUAACGAACAGGGUGACAAGGAGCAACUCUCUGCAGUUUACGAUAGGCUCACUCACAUUAUCUCAAUGGAGAGUGAGAAUUCAAGUCUUGAAAAGCCUGCCAAAUGAAAUGAUGCAGUCAGAGUCUUGAUUUGAUGGCGUUAUAACUGAUGAAUGAGUGUCAGGCGUAAUUUCUUGGGCUCUGGAAGUACAAAUUAAUGUUCUCAUACAAAAUAGUUGAAACCUAACGUUAGCUUAUACUUUUUCUCUCUUAGUGAGGCUUCUGUUUAUGGUAAUUUUAUGUUUUUGCUCCUUGUGCAUGACUAUAAUAGUGGAGUUGAUCUAGGCGACCAAUUUAUCUCAUGGAAUUGCUCUCAUUCAAGAUACUUUGUUGUUUUGUUCAAUGAAUUUCAAUUUGUUCUUUGUCCAAGUACACAAAUAGUGAACUUGUCACUUUCUAUUUGCUUGUCUUGUUGAUCUUGGAUUGCAUUUUUAUAGACGUGAGAUUCGGUUCCCAGAUUCUUUGUUCUUCUAAAUGAAUUUUUUUUU